GACCUCAGAACUCACCCACCAACCUCCAGUUUUGCCUGCAAAGUGACCAGCGCUCUGUGUGGAGAUGGGGAACAUGGAUGGGAAAGCAGUGGAGGAGCUGAGUGCCACCGAAUGCCACCAGUGGUACAAGAAGUUCAUGACGGAGUGCCCAUCAGGCCAGCUCACCCUCUAUGAGUUCAAACAGUUUUUUGGCUUGAAAAACCUGAGCCCGUCAGCGAACAAAUACGUUGAGCAAAUGUUUGAGACGUUUGACUUUAAUAAGGAUGGCUACAUAGAUUUCAUGGAAUAUGUGGCAGCCCUGAGCUUGGUCCUGAAAGGCAAAGUGGAUCAGAAGCUGCGAUGGUAUUUCAAACUCUAUGAUGUAGAUGGGAACGGCUGCAUUGACCGGGGAGAAUUGCUAAACAUCAUCAAAGCCAUCCGAGCCAUCAACCGCUGCAAUGAAGCCAUGACAGCUGAGGAGUUCACAAACAUGGUGUUUGAUAAAAUUGAUAUCAAUGGGGAUGGUGAGCUUUCACUGGAGGAGUUCAUGGAGGGUGUCCAAAAGGAUGAGGUGCUGCUCGACAUCCUCACCCGCAGCCUGGACCUGACACAUAUUGUGAAAUUAAUCCAGAACGACGGGAAGAACCCACACGCUCCGGAGGAGGCAGAGGAGGCUGCCCAGUAA